ACUUUAGUAGUGCAUCUGUUAUAAAACGUAAAAUUAGGUAGUGAUUAAAUCUCUUUGAUUGGCGUUAGAGUUAACCAAAAAUCGCAUUCAUUUGUCAAUCAUAAAUAUAAAAAAGUGUGGCGUCUGUAAAAUUGCUUUUGUUUGAAAUAAGCAUUGUGUCUUGACGAUUUUUUAAUAAUUUGUUUAUUUAAGCUAUGAGCAGAAGGAGUAGUCCAGUACCUGCACCUCCUCCAGAAGAAGAAGUGGUAGCUCCAGAAGAAUACGUAGUAGAAAGAAUUAUCGACAGCCGUAUUAACGAAAAAGGAAUAAAAGAAUAUUUUUUAAAGUGGAUUGGUUACGAGGAAAAAGACAACACUUGGGAACCGGAAGGUAAUUUGGAUUGUCCCGGAUUAAUUGAAGCUUUUGAAAAAGAAAAAGCUAGAAAAGAAAAAGAAAUGGAAAGAAAACGGAAAUUAAGUACACCUUCAGAUGGAAAGACAGUCAAGAAGAAAACCGACGAAAAAAAAUCUUUAGGAUUUGAUAGAGGUUUAGAACCGGAAAAAAUUAUCGGAGCCACUGAUAGUCCAGGUCAAUUAAUGUUUUUGAUAAAAUGGACGGGAACGGAUGAAGCGGAUCUUGUUCCGGCAAAACAGGCGAAUAUAAAGUGUCCUCAAGUUGUAAUUAAAUUUUAUGAAGAAAGGUUGAAAUGGCAUUCUCCAUCGUUGGAAGAAACUAAAACAACAGAGUAAUAUUUUCCUUGUAGUUCUAAGUUUUUUUCCUUCUAAUCCUUUCUUAAAUUGAUUAGGGUGAAAAUUUAUUAAAUAGGAGAUAAUUUUCUUUAAUUUUUGAAAAUUUUAGAUUUUUAUGAAAUUUAGAUAACCGUAAUGGUAUUUCUACGUAUAUAUAAAUAUAAUUUUAUUGAAUUUUUUCUAUUUAAUGUCAAAUAGUUGAAAAUAAUUUGAUUAUUUUGUAAAUUGGGAUAAUAAAAUAAUUGCACAAUGUAGGUAUGCUUUCAGUACAUUCAGAUCUAACAAGAAUAAGUAAAAACGUGUAAAUUUGGAUACUUAUUGAUAAUUUUACUUUUGCCAAAUCAUUAAUCAAGAAAAUACGAAUAUUUGUUCAGUUUUUUGUUUUUAUUUUAAAGUUAUUGAUCAAAUUUGAUCACGUUCACAGCCAUGAGGUUAAUAACUUCGAGUACAAACUACUUUUCAAAGAAAUUUACAAAAAAAUCUUCAAAAAAGUUCCAGUUCUUUUGUUUUUUGUAAAACAAGAGAUGUAGUAUAACAUGAAUUUCAACUACUUUAGCUUCUUUUUAUGUAUUAAGUAUGGUACAACACCGCUUCCUGUAUAUUUUGUUAUCAUCUCAUGCUUUUCCAGCUAACAGACCUAGUUCUUCUUCAGUUUUUUUGCCUUUUUCAUGUUUAUUUUACUUAAAAAAGGCUCUGAAAUAGUGAAAUCGGCCAAAAAAUGACAUUUGGUCAAUAACAAUGCUUUCAGUUUCAUUUCAAUAAAAAAUAAGCUUUUCUGAGUUUAUUUUGGUCAAAAAAUGCCCUUUCCAACAAUAAUUUGGUCAAAAAUUGCCCUUUUCAAUAUCAAUUUGGUCAAUACCAAUCCUUCCAGUUUGGUUCCAAUCAAAAAUAGAAUUAUUUCAGUUCAAUUUUGUAAAUUUAAUCAAUUUAUUUAAAUUUAUUUUGGUUAAAAGAUGCCCUUUCCGACAAUAAUUAGGUCAAAAGUUGCCCUUUUCAAUAUUAAUUUCAUCACAAAUUGAAUUUUUUCGAUUUAAAUUGUUCUCAAAAGUCAUUUGGUCAAUAACAAUCCUUCCAGUUUGAUUUCAAUCAAAAAUAAGCUUUUCUGAGUUCAAUUUUGUAAAUUUAAUCACUUUUCUGACUUUAUUUUGGUGAAAAAAUGUCCUUUCCAACAAUAAUUUGGUCAAAAAUUGCCCUUUUCGAUAUUAAUUUUUAUCAGUCCAUAGCUUUUCAACCUGAAAUAUUUCGUUUGACCCUCCUAGCUAUUACACAUUACCUUUUUAGAAAACUCACUUAUUGACAUGAUCUGUAUUAUUUGGAAAGCAGUUUUCUCAUUUUUCUUUAUAUAUCUAACAAUAAUUGUAUUUAUGAUUGAAAAACCAACUUUUCCAAGUGAUAUUCUUCCUUAGUAUCUUUCCUAAUUGAAAUUAUACUGUUAUGAACAGCCUUUGGCGUUAGCAUUUCAUCAUCUCCAUUCUCAAAUUCUGACUAUCAAACCUUUAAGGUGUAGGCUUCAAAUCGGCACUAGAAAUGUUGCCAAAAUUUACAAUAUAUCGUACUUUCAAAUAUUAUUUACAAAAACCAGUUAAUUGGUUGAUAAUUUCGAUUUUUUGUAUUAUUAAUAUAUUCGAAUUUAACUUAAUUAUGUUUAUACAAAAAAAGCUGCCAUUAUGAAAACGUAAUUUAAUAAUUUGUUAAUUGAUUAGCUGCUUUCUAAAGACGAUUUACCUUCAUAACUCUGUCAUUAUCAUGACACCAUGUAGACCAAUUGAAUUGGAAAUUUACACACUUUCUUGUUCUUCGAGACGGGUAUAAACCAUAUAUGAAAGGCUAACUGUACCAUGUUAAAAUACAGUGUUCAGUUACACUUUUUAGUUCUUCUAAUGGAUAUAAACCUGUUAUCGAAGGCUCACAGGAUGAGAUAAUGUGACUGUGUUAGUGCAGUACGAACUUAUUACAUCCACGGUUAUGGGAAUUCCAAUUAAAUUCAUGAGAAAUAAGAAUGUACCAAAUCGUCAAGGCAGAGUCAACGUAUUAACACGAUAUUUAAACGGAAUAUGUUUUCGUGAAAUUUUAAUGUAGCUUUAGGAAGAAAAGGCUUAAAUAACAUAGUUUUGUUAUUAUCGUGGUUCUCUGUAGUUAUUAUAAGAAGUAAAUGGUGGAAUCUUCUCGAUUUAUUUGAAAAAUAUUCAAAUAAAUUUGAUUCCUCUCUAAACUUGGUGGUUAUAUGCAAAUAUAUUUUCUUCCUAUAGCUAUAUAUACAUUUAAUGUCGUUUCUGGUUGAUAUAUGAAUAAAACUUUAACUAGUUUCUAUAGAAUGUUGAUAUAGUAGUCUCAACUGAUGUAUGUCUCUCCGAUUUAUGUAAAUAAGAAUUAAAUGGUUUAUAUUUU